AUGAGCAACUCACCUACUUCAUCAUCAUCCGCGCUGAAAGACAUAGUUGCAACUCCACCUAUCAACAUCAGACGAACCCUUUCAAGCAAUACAAAUGCUCAACCAACUUCUCCCGGUGGUACAUCUCUUUCACCCACUUCAUCAAGUCUUGGCAAUUCGUUCAAAUACAAUCACAGCGAAAUCGAUAAACAACCUUGGAAACCUGAUGAUCAAUCACACAAAACUAGGAUCUUCUCAGCUAUAGGAGGGCAUAUGGAAUCUUCUGCGAAGGGUGAAAUCUUAUUAGGAAUAUAUGACGAUCUUCAAUUGUCCAACAAAGACACCCAAGUGACGGUAGGAGAUGUGAUCCGUCAAGGUAAAGACAAGACCAAGAAUUAUCAAUUACCUUCUGGUCCUACUCCCGAAGGAUAUCGAUAUUUCACCGAAUAA